GUCAGUCGGUCUGCCGGAAUGCUAGCCGUCCUCUUCGGCGAGGCGAGGCGAGCCGGCCCCGUGUCGCGUGUCACCGGGGUUCUAAAGGGUGAAAGCCAUGUCUCCUCCUGGGAAAGUUCCCCAGAAGGAGAACCUGUGGCUCCAGUGUGAGUGGGGGUCCUGUUCCUUUGUGUGUUCAACCAUGGAGGAGUUUUUCCAGCAUGUCACUCAGCACGUGCAGCAGCACAUGCAUGGCCCCAGGGAGGAAGAUGAGGAAGAUGACCCACUUGAGGAAGAAUUCUCCUGUUUGUGGCAGGAGUGUGGCUUUUGGUCUCUGGAUAAUUCCACUGACCUCAUCCGCCAUGUCUACUUCCACUGCUACCAUACCAAGCUGAAACAGUGGGCGCUGCAAGCCUUGCAAAGCCAGGCUGACCUCAGUCCCUGCAUCUUGGACUUCCAGAGCCGCAACGUCAUCCCUGAUGUCCCAGGCUUCCUGUGUCUGUGGGAACAUUGUGAGAGCUCCUUUGACAAUCCUGAGUGGUUCCAUUGGCACGUGGACGCACACAGCCUGUGCUGUGAAUACCAAGCUGUCAGCAAGGACAACCAUGUGGUGCUGUGUGGCUGGAAAGGCUGCACCUGCACCUUCAAGGACCGGUGUAAGCUUCGAGAACACCUUCGUAGCCACACCCAGGAAAAAGUGGUGGCCUGCCCCACCUGUGGGGGCAUGUUUGCCAACAACACCAAGUUCUUAGAUCACAUCCGUCGCCAGACUUCAUUGGAUCAGCAGCGGUUUCAGUGCUCUCACUGCUCCAAGAGAUUUGCCACAGAGCGGCUUUUGCGGGACCACAUGCGUAACCAUGUGAAUCACUAUAAAUGCCCCUUGUGUGACAUGACCUGCCCACUGCCUUCUUCCCUCCGCAACCACAUGCGCUUUCGACAUAGUGAGGACCGGCCCUUUAAAUGUGACUGUUGUGACUACAGUUGCAAGAAUCUGAUUGACCUCCGGAAGCACCUGGACACCCAUAGCAAUGAGUCAACCUACAGGUGUGAUUUUGAGAACUGCGGCUUCAGUGCUCGGUCGCUAAGCUCUAUCAAGUCCCAUUAUCACAAAGUGCAUGAAGGAGACUCAGAGCCAAGGUACAAAUGUCAUGUGUGUGACAAAUGCUUCACACGUGGCAACAACCUUACCGUGCACCUUCGCAAGAAGCACCAGUUCAAGUGGCCCUCAGGGCACCCCCGUUUUCGGUACAAGGAGCAUGAAGACGGCUACAUGCGGCUGCAGCUGGUUCGCUACGAGAGCGUGGAGCUGACGCAGCAGCUACUGCGGCAGCUGCAAGAGGGAUCAGACUUGGGAGUGACGCUGACCGACAGCAGCCUGCAGGGCAUUGUUCUAGAAGCUGUGCUGGCGGAGCCAGGACCUGAAGAAGAGGCGGAAGAGGAUGUGGGUGACGAGGGGACUGCCCUCUCAGCUUUUCAGGACAACCCCAGCCCUGUCAUCCAUGUGGUAAAUCAGACCACCAACCAGGGCCAGCAAGAGGUUGUCUACUAUGUGCUGUCAGAAGCCCCAGGAGAGCCCCCACCAGCCCCUGUACCACCCUCGGGGGACCUCAUGGAAAAGCUUCAAGGAAUACCUGAGAAUCCAGAGGUCCAGAUGGUAUCAAGACUGCAGAGCCUGACUGACCACUCCUACUCCAGACCUUGA